AGCGGGUCCCCGCGGCCGCUAUGUCGUCUCGACCGGGGCUCGACGACGCAGGGGCGCGGGGCGCGCGGCGGCCGCGGGAGCCGCCCGAGCAGGAGCUGCAGCGGCGGCGGGAGCAGAAGCGGCGGCGCCACGACGCGCAGCAGCUGCAGCAGCUCAAGCACCUGGAGUCCUUUUAUGAGAAGCCUCCUCCUGGGCUCAUCAAGGAAGAUGAGAUUAAGCCAGAAGACUGUAUACCAGAUGUACCAGGCAAUGAACAUGCCAGAGAAUUUCUGGCUCAUGCACCAACUAAAGGACUUUGGAUGCCACUGGGGAAAGAAGUCAAAGUUAUGCAGUGUUGGCGUUGCAAACGAUAUGGUCACCGAACAGGAGACAAAGAAUGCCCAUUCUUUAUCAAAGGCAACCAAAAAUUAGAGCAGUUCAGAGUAGCACAUGAAGAUCCCAUGUAUGACAUCAUUCGAGAGAAUAAAAGACACGAAAAGGAUGUAAGGAUACAGCAGUUAAAACAGUUACUGGAGGAUACUACCUCAGAUGAGGAUGGGAGCAGCUCCAGUUCUUCAGAAUAUAAAGAGAAACACAAGAAAAAGAAAAAGAAAGAAAAACACAAGAAAAGAAAAAAAGAAAAGAAAAAGAAGAAAAAACGGAAACAUAAGUCUGCCAAGUCCAGUGAGAGUUCAGACUCAAAGUGAUAUGGACUUAGGUUACUCCACAUUCUCCUUUCCAAAAUCACAUUUGCUGGCCAAAGGACAGCAAGAGAUGCCAUCUGAGAGUCACAGGACACAGACUUGGAAGAGAUCAGGUAUCACACCUGUGGAUUCUCACCAUCUCUCCAAGGAGCUGACUUAUCUCUUCCCAGGUGCUAAGUGAGCUGUUUCUUCCCAGGUGCCGCCUGGGAAAGGGUAGAGGCUGACUGCAGGCAGGAGUGCUUUGGUACUCUCAUCUGUGAUUGCUCCUAAAGGCCACCAGCAGGGCAGCUAAGUCUGAGAGGUUCUGGGUACUGCUACUAUAGUUUUUACCUUCAUUGGUGGGGUGACUCAAUCAACUUCAUGGACUUCAGGCUUGACCCUUCUGUUGAGGAUAAUAAAAGUUCAUGAUUUCAUUUAAAAA